AUGUCUCCGCCUGCUCCUCUGCAUGAGUCUACUCUGCGAUCAGCCAUCGUUUCGGCGGGGGUCCUUCCGUCCAGUAUCGGUGCUUUCCUCAAUACAUACGGCAAGUUCCCAAGUAGUUUUGUAAUCUUCAUGCGACCAAAUCUUAACCAUCGCUUCGUUUCAACAGGGCGGUCGCGCGUCUUUAGUACACUCACCCGCGGCAUCGUCAAGGGCACCCUCAUCGUGGUGGAUGAUGACGGCACGUAUAGCUUCGGCCAACCCGCGAGCAAGGAGACAGCUCCGAUCGUGACCAUGCACGUACACAACCCCCGCGUGUGGAUACGGAUAAUCCUGUCGAACGAUCUCGGAGUUGCCGAGGCCUAUAUGCAAGGCGAAUUCACGGUCUCGAGCCUGAAAGACCUACUGAACCUCUGGUUGGAUAACCGCACCACUCUUUCGGGGCUUUCGAGCAUCCUGAGUUCCUUCUUCUCCCGCUGCUCCGCCCUCGCAAUCAAUGCUCUCGGACACCAAGCCCUUGGCAAUGGCAUGUCGAGGUGGAACGUGGAAGUCGCAUACGACACCUCCAACGCUCUCUUCGAAUGCUUCCUCAGCAAAGAAAUGAUGUACUCCUGCGCGAUCUGGGGCGAAGAAGAGGGCGGCGUGCGCGGCGACCUCAUCUCCGGUCCGCGCCCAGGCGACCUCGAGGCCGCCCAACAGCGCAAGAUCGCGACCAUCCUCGCGAAGGCGCGCGUGCGCCCCGGCGACCGGCUGCUCGAGUUCGGCUCCGGCUGGGGGCCCAUGGCCAUCGGGGCAGCGAAACUAGGGUGCAUCGUGGACACGGUGACGCUCUCGCGCGAGCAGCGCGCGAUGACGGAGCGGCGCGCGGCGGAGGCGGGCGUCGCGGACCGCGUGCGCGUGCACCUGUGCGACUACCGCGAGCUCCCGCCCGAGUUCGCGCACGCGUUCGACGCGCUCGUCGCGUCCGAGAUGGUCGAGGCUGUGGGACCGCGGAACCUGGGGACGUUCUUCCGGACGCUGGACUGGGCGCUGAAGCGCGACCGCGCAACAGUCGUGCUCACUGCGACGAGUCAGCCUGAGCACCGCUGGAGCGAGUACCAGCCCGACGACUUCGCGCGGCAUUACCACUGGCCGAACACGCACUUGCCGAGCCCGCUCUCCAUCGCAAACGCUGCGCAGGAGGCGACCCCAGGAAAGUUCGUGCUGCAUAAUCUAGAGGACCACGGGAUCCACUACCCGCGCACGCUGCGCGAAUGGGGCAGACGCUUCGAAGCGAACUUUAAAGGCCCCGUCGUCGCCGAGCUGCAGGAGCGGUACCCGCAGCUGCGCGACGCGGACGCGCUGGAGGCGUUCAAGCGCAAGUGGCGGUACAUGUUCACGUACGCAGAGGUCGGGUACGCGCGCGCGUACACGAACCUGAACUGCUGGACGUUCACGCGCCCGGAGAACCCUUUGACGGUGUGCGCUUGA